UUGGACACACAAUCCAGCAUGUGAUAAUGCAGGAGUGAAAAAUAAGCAGAUAAGGCAACCACUCAGAAUCACACACACCAAUCACCACUUGGAGCCAGUGAAGGCUCAAGAGAAUGGCAUCAAUUGCUGGCUUGCAUGGUUCCUCCCAGGUUGUGUUGGAAGGGAGUGGCUCCACACGGUUGAAUGUGGGGAGUGGAAGCAGGGUCACACGUGCGGGGUUAGCAGCUAGAGCACAAAGUAGCCGCAGGCCAGUGCUUUCUCUUGUUGCUGCUGGUUUGCCCACUGCCUCUUCUGUUCAAACUGAUGCCAAGCCUCCCCCAUCUUCUGCCCGAUUGCUGAAUUUCCCUUGUGCUGUCCUAGGAACUGUAUUUUGUCAAAGGAAGCAAUUAACUCAUGGAUGCACAAACCAAAAAUCAAAGGAUUACCUAGUCAUGCUGCAUUCUGAGAAGGCAUUGAGGAGGACUCUCAUCCUUUCUGUCUUGGUCUCAACUGGUGUUUUUCCAGCUUUAUCUUCUUAUGGGAAGACAAAGAGUAAGAAUCCGUAUGAUGAGAAACGUUUGCUACAACAAAAUCAGCGGAUACAAAAAGAAAACAAUGCACCGGAGGACUUCCCAAAUUUUAUUAGAGAAGGUUUUCAAGUUAAAGUAGUGUCAUCAGAUAACUAUGUAACGAGUGAUUCAGGUCUCAUAUACCGAGAUUUUGUAGUUGGUCAAGGUGAUUGCCCAAAGGAUGGUCAGCAGAUCACUUUUCACUAUGUUGGCUAUAACGAAUCUGGCCGUCGUAUUGACAGCACUUAUUUGCAGGGUUCUCCUGCCAAAAUUCGCAUGGGUAACAAGUCAUUAGUUCCAGGAUUUGAGGAAGGAAUUAAAGACAUGAGACCAGGUGGGAAGAGAAGAAUCAUUAUUCCCCCUGAACUUGGACCACCAGUAGGACCCUCAACCUUUUUCAGCGCAAAACAGUUUGAAGUUUUUGAUAUUGAACUAUUAAGCAUACAAAACUGUGAAAGAAGGACCAUAGCCUUUUACUCAGAUGUGGUUUGCAAUUGAGAUAAGGAUGCCAUCUGAGCUUUCUAAAGCAUGACCACUAAAGGCCUAGAGCACAGAUUAUUAUAGCUAAGAACUAAGUUAUGAUUUUACAUAGUAACUACACAACCUUUAGCUUCUUGCUUUGAGGCAAUCAUCAAAUGUCAUUGUUGAGAUUUUUUCUUCAUUUUCUUUGAGCAUAUUGGCUAGUGUUUUUUUAUUGAUCUGGUAUGUAAGAUGUUAACCUUGUCAAUCAUCAAGAAAGGGUAUAGUCUUCAUUGGUAAA